AUGGGUACCGUAGUGCUUCCGCAUCUGAACUCCGGAUGGCAUGUGGACCAGGCCAUUCUAUCUGAAGAAGAUCGGCUUGUCGUGAUUAGAUUUGGACGCGACCACGAUCCGGACUGCAUGCGUCAAGAUGAAGUUCUUUACAAGAUCGCCGACAAGGUCAAGUCUUUCGCCGCCAUCUACGUCUGCGACAUUGACCAGGUGCCCGACUUCAACGUCAUGUACGAGCUGUACGACCCCUGCACGAUCAUGUUCUUCUUCCGCAACAAGCACAUGAUGGUGGAUUUCGGCACUGGCAACAACAACAAGCUGAACUGGGUUCUUGAAGACAAACAAGAGCUCAUCGACAUUCUGGAGACGGUCUUCAGAGGAGCACGGAAAGGUCGCGGUCUGGUGGUCAGCCCCAAGGACUACAGUACGCGCCACAGGUACUGA